AUGUCUCGUGGAGUGGAGAUGCUCCUGUCUGCCAGCGUAAGUAUCGCCUGCGAUCCGCCGCCGGACAUCCCCCACGGGAGACACAGUGGCCACUUGAUGGGCACCUUCUCCUACGCGGAUGUGGUCACCUACACCUGCGACCCCGGCCACCCGCUGGCUGGAGAGCCCUCCAUCUUCUGCACCACAGCGGACGGGGAGCAUGGCGUGUGGAGCGGGCCGCCGCCGCGGUGCGGAGAGGUGAAAUGUCCUCCCCCUCCAGGCAUCGCCAACGGGAACCACAGCGGCCAGCCCUCAGACACCCACCUUCCAGGCUCGGCUGUGCAAUACACCUGCAGGGAUGGCUACUCCCUCAUCGGGAAUGCCUCCAUUAGCUGUACCGCCGGGGGAACAUGGAGCCGGCCCCGGCCCCGAUGUGAAGCAACUGGCUGCAAAAGACCAGAGAUCAAGAACGGAAGAACGACUGGGCUGGAGACAGUGUACAGACUCGCAGACAUCGUUGUCUUCGAAUGCGAUUUUGGUUACGCCUUGAAGGGCUCUCAAGAGUCUCAGUGCCAGUUUGGGGACACGUGGGACCCUCCUGUCCCUAUUUGUGAAAAGAUGCUACAGUGUCCUUCCCCUCCAAACAUCAAAAAUGGCCAACAUGAGAGCAAGGAUGUAAAAGUGUUCAUCCCUGGAGUAUCAGUGAAGUACUACUGUGACCUGGG